UGCAGCGUCAUGGUCUAGAUUCUUCUUGCUUUGAUUCCUCCUCCUUCUCACUCUGCACUCACUCCUCACAUUGCCUGCUGCUGCUGCAUCGUUUCUGCGCCUCGCCGUUUGAUUGCAUCCAUUUUCAGCUACUGUGAAACCUGGAUAGUCGUGCGUGACAGACGUAUCGUAGCACGAUCAUUGCCAAGUAUUUGGGGAGCGAGCGAGUUCUUGUGUCAGAGCUUGCGGAACCUCUGUCACGUGUUGGUGGCGUGUACCUACUUUUUCGAUUCAGUUUUGGUGCUGCUGGGUGUGCGUUGAGUCUCGAAGUUCCAGGCAGGAGGGAGAGAAAUCCGCGCUCUGAGGGUUCGUUGCAAGACUGCAGGAGUGAAGGACAUUAGUGGAAUCAUCUCCGCUGAAAAACUCGUUCUGGCGAUGCGACGAAUUGCUAGUCUCUCAGGGUAUAAGAGCUUAGGGUAUAUACAACUCUGGAGAAGGUCACUGUGCAGAGGCGGAAUCAGUAUUUCCGGGCGUGUUUCGGGUUAGCAUCCACUAUGAAUGUACAUGCGAGGACGUCAUCUGCGGCGGAGCAGCUAAGUAGGCUGUCCUUGAAGGAGGUGGCUGAUGCACCGAAGGACUCGGGGAAGUCCACGGAGCACGUGAAUGUGGAGAAAGACAAGGGAUCAGGGCGGGGGGUUGAUGCCCCUCCUGAAGAGCUGCAGAAUGGAGGUGGCGCUGAGGAUCGGCACCAUCACAGAGACGGUCGUAACCCUCAUUUGGAGCAUUACCCAUCAGCACAGCACCACCGGAGCCCUCAUCAGCAUCAAGUCAAGGACGAUGACAACGUUCCCAUUUCAAGCAACCUCAAAGAUGUAGACUACAAUGAAUCCAACUCGAGUAGCCAGCGGCUUCGUCACAGGGACCAUAGCAGUGAGCACAGGCAUCGUCACCGAAGCUCACGCUCUCCUGAUCGGCAUCACAGUCACCGCCAUCAUCAUGGUCACCACAGAGAUCAUUCAGAUGAUCGCUAUCACCAUCAAUCAAAGGAUCAUCAUGGUCAUAAACUUGGACACUCUAGCUCCAAUCACGCCCGCAGGCCCCACUCGCGCUCUCCGGAGCGACAUCACAGCAGCCAUGGUCACCACAAGGAUCAUCACCACAGCCUUGAGCACGGGCACCGCAACUCUCAUGGUCACAAACACCACUCACGUUCUCCGGAGCGCCGUCACAGCGGACACGGGCACCACAAGGAUCAUCAUCAUAGCCGUGAGCACGGGCACCACAGCUCUCAUGGUCACAGGCUCCACUCGCGCUCUCCGGAGCGCUAUCAUAGCAGCCAUGGGCACCACAAAGAUGGGUCUGAGCACCAUAGCCACCACUCCGGAGGUCACCGUCAUCACCACGGAGACCACAGCUCGGGACAUAAGCACCAUUCUCGCUCGCCAGAGCGUCAUCACAGCAGCAUCUAUGGGCACAACAAAGAUGGUCAUCAGAGCCACCACGGGCACCACAGGGAAGGCUCAGAACACCACAGCCGUCGCCACCACCACAGUUCGGCCCACAAGGACCACUCGCAAUCUCCGGAGCGUCCACACGUGAAGGGCCAUUACAAGGAGCACGGUCACCACAGCAACAAAGAACCUAGUCACGGUCAUCAUGCCUCUGAUUACUAUGGAAAUAAUCACAAGAGUCAUCACCACAAGGAGAGCUCUGAGCUCUCGGGAAGUCACAGUAAGAGCCACCACGGACACCACAGCUCUCAUCAUCACAGCUCCCAUGGCCAUCACCACAACAAGGAUGGUCACCACGGCCAUCGCAGCAGCGGCUACCAUCACAAAGAGCAUGGGCACCAUGAGCACAAGGAGCAUCACCACGGCAAGCGCCGUGACCAUGACAUGGCCUCUAUCUCCAGCUCCGACAGCGGCCACCUCGAGAGGCACAAACAUAGUCGCCAUCCUCUCGUGGAACCUUAUGGGUCACCGCACCCUCGAACGUCACCUGCACCAGGAGCUCUCGAUCGCUCAGCGUCCCGCCUCAAAGUUUCUGCUCCAUCAGGCUGGUCGGCACCAGGACCCGUUCCAUUGCCGAGUGAUAUUGCUUCCAUUGCCAGAAUGAUGCAGACCAUACCUCCGGUUGCUAGGUAGUGUAGAGCUAUUGGUGUUGCUGUCCAGUCGACGGUUUUUACUGUGGGGAGAUUUGUAGACCCCCGACCAGUGCUCCAAUACAUUCCCAUUGUUUGCAUAGUUUCGAAAUCAGCGUCAUUCUUGUUGACAUCGUGACUCGUCACGCCUCUGCUUUCCAACACAGCACAUCAUGGCUUGCUUGCGGGAGACCAGCAUUUUAUCAAGCUUGGAACUACAGUUGUGAAUGUAUAGACAAUCCCUUUGUGGGGGGAUUCACCUCAGAAUGCUGCUCUCCGAUAUACACUCUCUCGCACACA